AUGUCAUCAUUAAUACUUCGAUUCAGAUCGAAAGAUGGGAUGCAUAGAAUAAAUACAACUCAAACAUCAACUUUCCAAUCAAUUGCACAAGAUUUAUUACCAAAAUUAUCAACUGAUAAAAUAGAUGAUAUAAUAAUAUCUCAAGAUCCAAACUCAACUCAAACAGCUCCAUUAUCUUCAAUAUUAACUAAAACUAUAUCAGAUUUAAAUCUUAAAAAUGGUGAUUUAUUAUAUUUAACGUACACUACAAAUGAACCAACUCAUGCAAAACAAUUAGAUUCAGUACCAAUAAAAGCAACCACCACCAUUUCAAAUCAUGGUCCAUUAACUAAUAUAAAACAAUUACCAGUAGAUGAUGAAUUAGAUAAACUAGAUGGAAUGAUUCAAAGACCAACAUCACCAAUGUGUAGACAUGGAUCAAAGGGGAUGUGUGAAUAUUGUUCACCAUUAUCACCAUGGGAUGAAAAUUAUAGAAAAGAAAAUGCAAUAAAACAUUUAUCUUAUCAUGCUUAUUUAAAUCAACAAAUGGCAAAAUUUAAUAAAAAAGAAUUGAGUAGUUCAUAUAUUGCACCUUUAGAAAAUCCUAAUUUUGCAAUUGAUUUAAAAUGUAAUGAAGGUCAUAAAUCUUAUCCAAAGGGAAUAUGUUCAAAAUGUCAACCAUCACCAAUAACUUUACAAUUACAAAAAUUCAGAAUGGUAGAUCAUUUGGAGUAUUCACUGCAUUCUAUUCUAAAUGAUUUUAUAAAUGUAUGGAGAACUUCAGGGUAUCAAAGAUUCGGUUACUUAUAUGGACGUUAUGAAAAAUUUGAUAAAGUUCCCAUGGGAAUCAAGGCAAUAGUUGAAGCAAUAAUAGAACCACCACAAAACGAUGAAAUUGAUGGAUUAACAUUAUUAAAAUGGGAUGAUGAAUCACUUGUAGAUUCAAUUGCUGCUAAAUUGGGAAUAUAUAAAGUUGGUAUUGUUUUCACUGAUUUAACUGAUUCAGGUAUGAAAAAUGGUACAGUAUUAUGUAAAAGACAUAAAGAUUCUUAUUUUUUAACAAAUUUAGAAAUUUUAAUGAGUGGUAAAUUUCAAAUUGCAAAUCCAAAUAAAACAAAAUAUAGUAAUUCAGGAGAAUUUUCAUCAAAAUUUAUUACAUGUGUUAUAUCUGGAGGUAUACAGGGAGAAAUCGAACCAAGAUCUUAUCAAGUUAGUAGCAAUGCUGAAUCAUUAAUCAAAGCUGAUUUAAUUACGGGGUCAACUCAACCUUCACAAAUUUAUGUUAAUGAAUCAAAUGAUAAAAGAUACGUACCUGAUAUAUCAUUCAGUAAAAUAAAUGAAUAUGGUUUAGAAAUUAAAACAAAUGCAAAACCUACAUUCCCUGGUGAAUUUUUAUUAGUAUCAUUAACUGAUUCAUUUCCAAUUGAACCAAAUCCAAUGUUUAAUUCCCAACCUUACGUAAUAGAAAAUAGAGAAUUUUUAGGUGAUUUAAAUCAAGAUUUUCAAAAUUUAUCAACACUUUAUAAUUAUUUGAAAAAACAAGGUUCACAAAUUUUUGAUUUUCAUUUUCUUGUGUAUGUUCUAAAAUUAAGAAUUUUAAAUGAUGAUGAAGCUAAUUUAUUAUUUGAAUAUAUCAAGACUAAAGAUGAAUCUACUUAUGCUCAAUUAGUUGGUAGUGGUGGAUGGAUGAGUUUGAUGACUAUUUUGGAACAAAGUUCUUAA